GAAAAUAAAGAUGAUAUCAAGCUCAACAAAAGCGUUUCUUGGGACUCUCAUAAUCCUGUCUAUUAGUGGCCAAAUAGUAAAUGGUAAUGACGACAUAUCAAUCUGCAAGAAAAGCUUAGAGACAUUAAAAGACAACGUGAAAGAAUGGAUGGAAACUUGCGUUGAUAAAAAUGACAAUGACGAUAACACAACUGCAUGCAAGGAAGUAAAACAAUACAACAAAGAAAUGAUGCAAAUGCAAACAGAAAUGUGUUUUUACAAAGAUGUUUAUCCAAAGCCAUAUUUGAUUAUUAUGAGCUUUGAUAAAAUAUACUCUGUUGAUUUUAUUACUGGAGAUAUUCAUGUCAGCACUAUUAAUGGCUCCAGUAAGAAUAAAUCUGACCAUGCAUCAAGAUAUAAUGACAUAGAAAUUGAUGUAGUUGAGAAUGUGCUUUACUACAUUGAUGACAAAGACAUCAAACGGGGAAAUCUUGACUUGACUAGAAACGAAAUUUUUGCGAAAAAUGUUUAA